AUGGCCGCCCUCACCGCCUCACUCGCAGUGCUCGCACUGUCCUUCCCUUCGCUUGCCCAUGGUUCGCUUGUCCGCGUGCGUCAAGCCCCCGCAACCCCGAGUAUCCCGGGAACAAACUAUACCUUCCUUGGAUGUUUUACUGAUCAAGGCGCCCGGUCUCUGGGCGACGCCAACUUCGUCAACACGACCGGCAUGACCGUAGAAUCAUGCGUGUCCUUCUGCUCGUCUGGAGGCUUCAAUUUCGCAGGGCUCGAGUUCGCGCAGGAGUGCUGGUGCGGCAACGAGAUUGCCAACGGGGGUACGAACGCCACCGAGUCGGACUGCAACUUCGCGUGCACGGGCGAUGCCUCUGAGAUCUGCGGCGCGGGAAACAGGCUCAGCGUCUACUGGGACGGCGUGGCUCCGCCCCCGCCUCCGAUCACCGUUCCGUCUGUCGGUCAAUGGGAGUCUCUUGGGUGCUUCAACGACUCGGUCAAUGCCCGUGUUCUGACCUUCGGCGUUAACGUUCCUGGCCCGUUCACUGUGGAAGGAUGCACACAAGCCUGCUUCAACGACAACUUCCCCAUCGCGGGGAUGGAGUUCGCGGCACAAUGCUUCUGCGACACGGGGAUACAGAACGAUGGGGCGCCCACGCCUCUGACGGAUUGCAACAUGGCGUGCAGCGGAAAUAGCUCAGAGUUCUGCGGCGGCCCCAACCGCCUUAACGUCUACAACUUUACGGGAACACUCUCUGGUCCGCCUAACACAGGUGGUGGUGGUGGCGGCGGCGGCGGCGGAGGCGCCACCCCCAUCGACGUGGCCCCCGUGAAGACGGGCCUGCCAGAGAAUUGGUCAUAUGGUGCAUGCUAUGUGGACAACGCGUUCGGCCGCAUUAUGGCAACUCAGCUGCCUGAUAACCAGGCAGUAACAGUCGAGUCCUGCAUUACGUCCUGCCAAUCUCAGAACUUCACCCUCGCCGGUCUGGAGUUUGGAGUUCAGUGCUUCUGUGGUAACACACUGAUCGAUGGUGCCGUUCCUGGCGACGAGGACACCUGUAACAUGGCUUGUGGAGGGAGCUCGACGGAAGCGUGCGGUGGCCCGAACCGCCUUUCGGUCUACACUGAGACCGGGAACGUGGUCGCCUUACCUGUUCCCACCCCUUUGAACAGCAGUCUCCCAGGUCAAUGGGAAUACAAAGGCUGUCUCCAGGAACCCGAUGGUGCUCGCGUAUUCCCGUACCAGAACAUCUUCACGAACAACAACACCAUCGAGGGAUGUCUGAACCUGUGCGCGUCCUUCGGAUACCCUGCUGCUGGUGCCGAGUUCGGCGAUGAGUGCUGGUGUGGUGACAUCACGGACGUUAACAACGAUGCUGCUGGGUUCGCCGACCCCUCUCUGUGCAACAUCGCUUGUUCUGGCGAUCCCAUCCACCUCUGUGGCGGCGAAGCACGGUUGCAGCUCUAUGAGUGGAACGGUGUCAUGAAUGACUGGCAUACCCCGGAGAACACUGGACGCUACGAGUUCUUCGUGCCCGGUGUGGUCGUUCCCUUGAUCGUCACGCUCGGCAUCAACAACAAGGUCACGUUCGUUGAGAAGUUCGGAACUAGCGAGUUCACCAACUCCACUGGCGCGUACGAGCUGGACCUGAGCUUGGUCAACGACUUUGAGAAGACGUGGCGUACGAUGCACGUAAAGUCUGACGUCUUCUGCUCUGCGGGCCUUGUGCUGCCCGACAGGAAGGGACGUCAACUUGUGGUCGGCGGUUGGUCACUUGACAGCACCUUCGGCGUCCGCCUGUACACCCCUGACGGGAGCGCCGGUGUCAACGGCACGAACGACUGGGAGGAGAACUUCCAAGAGCUCAAGCUCCAGAGGGGACGCUGGUACCCGUCGUCGCUGGUUCUGUCCAACGGCAGCGUCUUGGUCGUAGGCGGCGAAGAAGGCAGUAACGGGGCGCCUGAGCCUACUUUGGAGAUCCUGCCCACCCCAGUGGGAGGCCCAACGUUCCUAUUCAUGGACUGGCUCAACCGCACAGACCCCAACAACCUCUAUCCCUUCCUGCACAUGCUUCCGAGCGGCAACCUGUUCGUCGGUUACUACAACGAAGCUCGGAUCCUCAACCCCGCAACAUUUGAUACGAUCAAGACGCUCCCCAACAUGCCAGGAUCCGUCACGAGUUUCCUCGCUGGCCGCACUUACCCCCUCGAGGGCACUGCGGUGCUGUUCCCUCAGCACGCGCCUUACACCGAUCCUCUCACUAUUCUCGUAUGUGGUGGCUCGAACUUCGGCGUUGCUUUGGACAACUGCGUGAGCAUCCAACCGGAAGCAGAGAACCCAGAGUGGGUGCUGGAGCGCAUGCCAUCCAAGCGUGUCAUGACUUGCAUGGUAACUCUGCCCGAUGGCACAUUCCUCAUCGUCAACGGCGCCCAGCAGGGCGUUGCAGGCUUCGGGCUCGCUACCGAUCCGAACUUCCAGGCACUCCUGUACGACCCCACCCAGGCCGUCGGCUCACGCAUCUCGAUCCUCAACACGACCAUCGUGGCCCGUCUAUACCACUCUGAGGCGACGCUCCUUCCGGACGGCCGCGUCCUGAUCUCUGGAAGCGACCCCCAGACGCCCGGAUUCCCUGAGGAGACGCGUGUCGAGGUGUACAUUCCGCCAUACCUGACAGAUGGCCGCCAGCAGCCCAGCUUCACCAUCGCGCAGAACGACUGGCAGUACGGCGGCCAAUACACCUUCACCGUCGACCUGCCGCAAGGCACGACUGACACCAUGCGCGUUUCCCUCAUUGCCGCCACGGCGAGCACGCACGGAAACUCCAUGGGCAUGCGCACGCUCUUCCCCGACUUCUCGUGCAACGGCAACACGUGCACGGUCACCGCGCCGCCGAACUCGUUCGUCUCGCCGCCCGGGUGGUUCCAGAUGUUCGUGCUCGACGGGCCGACGCCCUCGCACUCGAACUGGGUGCGCAUCGGCGGCGACCCCGGCGCGCUCGGCAACUGGCCCGACUUCCCCGACUUCACGCUCCCGGGCACGGGCCCCAUCUAG